AUGGACGACGACAGCGCCAUGCAAGACGCCGCCCUGCCAGUGUCCCAAGCCCCGCCCACCGACAACGCCGACAACUCAAACACCUUUUCCCUAGAAGAGCGCAUCUCGCAGCUCUGCGAAAUCGACAAGAACAUCGUGGCCCUCAUGUCUCACACAGCAACAGCCCUGACUUCCCUCUCCCCGCAACCCCACAUCCCCCAGGCCCAGCAGACCGAGACGUUCAAGUCCGCCAUGGACGGCCUCCUGUCGACGCUGCACACGGUCGAUGUGCGUAUGAAGCGCCAGAUUCUCGCUCUCGAGGAGGCGGGCAUCAUCCGCCUGCGUCAGGACGCCAAGGUCAUGAACGAGGACGCCAAGAUUGUGGCUAAGCCGUCGCUCGAGCCGAACGGCGUCGGCGGCAUCGGCGCCCUCGAUGUCGGCUGGCUCAACAGCCGGAACAGCAAGGUCGAGAGGGACAUGGAAGCCGAGCUCUGGGCGCGGAUGCGGGCCUUGCUGGAGAGACAAGGGGGGGAGGCUGUCCGGGGAGACGACGAGAUGGAGUCUUAG